UUGAACAAGAUAUUAGGAUUUGCAGAAGAUUAUGAAAAAACUAUAAUUAAUUGUAAACAUGAGUUAGUAUUAUUACAAAACAAUACAAAUCUUAAAGCGAUCAAGUUAAAUACAGGUGAAGUUGUAGAAGAUAUUAUAAUAAAUAAAAUUGUUUGGCGAGUUCCACACAUCAAAGUAUCAGAUCGUGAAAGAAUCAACCUAUUAAAAUAUUUAGAAAAAGAUAGAGCUAUUCCAUUGGCAUUCCGUUCCUGGGACUUAUAUGAAUAUCCAUUGCUACCCAAAACGCGUAAACAUACUUGGUCUAUAAAAACUUCAUCGCAAAUAGAGAAACCACAAUUUGUGGUCAUCGGCAUGCCAACCAACCGCAAACAUAACGCGAAAUUAUCAAUGGCAGAGUUUGAUCAUUGUGACGUACGAGAUACAACCGCUUAUUGCUUGAUAUUAAACAACUGUAUAUUCGAAUACAAACCACUGAGUAAUAUCGUUAAGAAAAUAUCAUGA